UUCCCGCCCGCUCCUUUCAGUUCUCUCCGACCGCGCUUUCGGCAUGCGUUUGUGAUGGGCCUCUGCCGCUGGCGCCAUGGAGGAGGAACUCAAAUGUCCCGCGUGCAAGCAUUUCUACUCGAAUCCGGUGUUGCUUCCGUGCACGCACUCGCUGUGUCUCAACUGUGCGUUGAACGCGCAGCAGCCGGCAAACGCGCCGACAGCUGCCCACGUCGCAAAGCUCGACGUCUUCUUCGGAAGACAGCGGCAACGGCAGCAACAGCGGCCUGGUCGGAUCGUCGUCUGAGAUCGGGACCACAGCGGAUUACCCCGAUGGCGACAAGCUGAGCCUGCUCAGCGAGACGGACAGCGGCGUCGUGUGCACCUAGCCGACCGAGUUCUUACGUGGGAACUCCGAAUCUUCAGGGUGUUCUCUUCCCGCCACUGCUCCACAGCGGCGUCGCUCUCUUGUCCCUCGCUUGCCCCGAGUGCCACAAGCUCGUGUACUUCGACGAAAAUGGUGCGCACAACUUGUCCCGCAACCGGGCCCUCCAGAACAUCGUGGAUAAGUACGGCGAAACGCGGCGCCUGCCCGUGGCCUGUCAGUUGUGCGAGGCCGAUAGACCGCGGGAGGCAUCGGUGAUGUGCGACCAGUGUGAGGUGUUCUACUGCGAGUCGUGUCGUGAAAACUGUCACCCGGCUCGCGGACCGCUGGCCAAGCACACCCUGCUCGAGCCUCAGCAGGGCAAGAAAAUCCUACGCGCCCGUUCCCAGGGGGGUCGUGAUUCCAAGUGCGUUGAUCACGUCGACGAAGCGCUCAGCAUGUACUGCAUGGUGUGCAAGGUUGCGGCCUGCGUGCUCUGUCUUCAGGACGGACGACAUGCCAGUCACGAUGUUCAAGCCUUGGGAUCCAUGUGCAAGGCGCAAAAGACGGAGCUGUCUCAGAACCUGCAGGCGCUCUCGGAAAAAGCCAAGACCGCCACCGAGUUCAUCCAGGGACUCAAGGGCAUGUCCGAACGAGUACACGAGAACUGCUCGGCGUUCGAGUCUCAGAUCUCGGCCCAGUGCGACGCCCUGGCCGAGGCCCUCGAGGCGCGGCGACGCGAGCUUCUGGCGUUCGCGCGGCGCGAGCGCGAGGCCAAGCUGAAGGCGCUCAAGGGACAGCUGGCAAACUGCACCGUCACGCUGCAGAGGACCACCGCGCUGCUGCAGUUCUGCAUCGAGGCGCUCAAGGAGACCGACCACGCGGCUUUCCUGCAGAUCGGGCCGGGUCUGAUCAAUCGGGUGGCCAACGUGGACGUGACGUGGCACAAGGACAUGGAGCCCACGCCGUGGGCCUCGCCGGACUUCGACCUGACGCUCGACCAACGCUCGGUGCUGGACGCCGUCAACCAGCUCACCUUCACCCAGCUCAAACCUGACGGAGACGAGUCUGCAGCGCCCGGUGCUCCCCAGCUGAUACCGGAGGACUCGACGGCGGAGAACAACUGCGUCACGGUGGCCUGGCAGCCGCACGCCGGCAGCUUCGUCCAGGGCUACGUGCUCGAACUGGACGACGGGAAUGCCGGGCCGUUCAGGGAGGUGUACUGCGGCAAGGAGACGCUGUGCACGGUGGACGGGCUGCACUUCAACAGCGCGUACCGGGCCCGAGUCAAGGCCUACAACUCCACCGGGGAAGGACCCUACAGUGACGUCAUCGUGCUGCAUACGGCCGAAGUGGCGUGGUUCGCGUUGGACCCGGUGGCGUGCCAUCCCGAUAUCGUGCUGUCCGAGGAGAACGCGACGGCUCGGUGCGAGAGCUACGAGCACCGCGUCGUCCUCGGCUCGCUGUGCUUCUCCCGCGGUGUCCACUACUGGGAGGUCACCGUCGACCGGUGCGACAACAACGCCGACGUCGUCGUUGGAGUGGCACGCGCGGACGCUGCCAGGGAUGUCAUGUUGGGCAAAGACGACAAGGGAUGGAGCAUGUACAUAGAUCACCAGCGGUCUUGGUUUCUCCACGCCGACCGGCACGAACACCGAGUGGAUGGGGGCGUCGAGAGGGGUUCAGUCAUCGGGAUACUGCUAGACUUGGACAGGCGUCAGCUGUGCUUCUACGUCAAUGACGAACGGCAGGGACCACCCAUCGCCCUGGGGGCACCGGUGCAGGGACCGGGCGCCGCACUCUACCCAGCGUUCAGCCUCAACCGCAACGUCCAGCUGACCGUACACACGGCCCUAGACCCGCCACAGUCCUCAGACGAUAGCGACGAUGCGGCUGACGACAGCGAAGAGCCCCCGCGAGAGCUUGCCGACCCUCUUCUUCCCGGUGCCAGGAAUGUGACACCCAACUUGCCACCGCCGGUGGUGUGAAGAUAUUUUUUUUAUUUUUCUGUUUUUGAUGAUGGCACAGGAGAUGCCACAACUUAUUUGUUGUCCGGCCACGUUACGAAUUCAACAUGACAUCGUGUGCCGUGCUAUGUCUUUUAAAAGUUUGGGAACGAGGUGUGCAGCUUGAAAUGUUCGGCCAAUGUUUGGCAAGUGAAGUUGCCAACACGGUGGCACAUGAAUGAAAUGCAGCUGCAACGGAAGUGUGUAAAUUUGAAAAGUUGCCCAGUGUCCACUGUAUCCUGUUCGCUUUGCAGAUUAUGACUGAAAAACAUUUUUUUAAAUGAAAUGCCACCUUGAAUACCUGAGCAGCAGAAGCACAUGCCCUUCGGUGUACCCUGUAAUCACACUAAACAGGAGAGCUAAGACAUGGCCUCACAUAUCCAGCGCAGCAGAGUGCAUGCCAACGGAUCUUGGAGGCCAUGCUUACGGUUCAGUGUUUGGUGCUCAGAGUCAUGCUCUCCGUAGCUGGGCCAUCACUACGCUUAACCACUGGGCAGUGAAUAUAGUCGCAAAAAAAAAAAAAAUUAGAAGCCCCUGUCACCAGGCGACAAACACCAGAGCAGCCGGGAAACGCUGUUGAUAAGCCAACAGACAUUCACUUUCGAAGAUAAGAUUACUUUUGCAAGGUUUCUUGCCCGGUGCGUGAGUCAUAUGGGAAGUCUGGCGACAGUGAUCAAAUUGACAAAGGUAAUUGUUAGGAAGAUAGGGUUAUCGUCUAAGUAAGGGUUAAAGGUGGGUGGCAUAUGUGCCGAAUGUUGCACGCUCAGCUGUUCGUGGUUUGUCGAUUGGAAGUCCAGUUUAUCGAAACAGACCCCAUAUCCUUUUUAUGUCAUUAUGUAUAGACGCGUUUCUCUUAUAGGUCUAGUUAGUUAAUUAUGUAUGUGAAACUGCUGUGCUGAAAAGACGUGUGCACAUCUACACGUGACGAUCAGUUCUUUUUUUAGGAAAAUCUUUUAGCGCUUCCUCUUGGUUGGUGGCAUAAUUGCUUAUGCCCAUGCUUAAUAGUGAAUAGAUCCGUUCAAAUUUUUUGUUGACAUCCUUAAAGCAAGGAUUUAAACAGGCUAGUUGCGUUCAAAUUCACAGCAAAAACUAAUACUGCGAUGCAGGAAACGUAGGCUUCCUCGCAUAAUUCGCGUGCUUGAUGACAGCUUAUGACAUUCUGGAAUGUGUGCUGCAAAUUAAAGGGGGACAAAAACUGGCCUUUCUGCAAUGCUCAGUUGCCUGGUGACUGAUUGUAUCACAUCAUAAAACGUUAAUUGCGAAUUAAAAAAAAAAAGACAAGUAAAAAAAUAUGCGUUAUAUAUGGAAAGUGGUUUUAAACUACCAGUGUUUUCCCCAAGUUAGUAAUUUUGCCAACGAAAUCUUGUGGAUGUUCGUGCACAUGCGGUAUAUGUGGAUCCGGCACCUAUAAAAGCACAUGUCUGCCCAACGAAUGGUUAUAAAUAUUCUUGGUUGUAGUUUACAACAGCACAAACCAUUCAUUUGAUUAGAAUUUGCUUAGUCUAUCGUUUUUGCUGACUUCAUUUUAACAAUGAACCAGCUAGCCCACUGUCAGAUUAUUUUAGUUUUUAUAUCAAUGAAAUGGUGUGGAUACACUGUGCAAGUUAAGCACGCUUUUAUGGAAAUGAGUCUCAUGCGUUUCUUGCCAGAUAAUCUUUCUUUUUGCAUUUUCUUUGAGCAAAAUAAUAUUUUCAUAGGUUGUGGAGCAAAUUGAGCGAGAAAUUGCUUAAAUAAGACAAGACUGGAAAUGCAUGUCAUUUUGCCAUAAUUGUAAAUUUUGCACAAAGGUCGUUAGCUUGCUGUAUUUUAGGGUAUUUCUCAUCACCGACUGACAUAUCACAAAUGGCUUGCUUACCACCUAUGCACUCUGAUCACUUAAGCAACAAGCAAAGCAUCUUGCAGUUGCAAGGUGAUACAGAAAUGCUGUCCCAGUCCUGAAGAAAGACAUAUCAGUUGCUUCUCCGAUUUCGAUUGUUUGAUCGACAUUUUACUUACUAUUAGAGGUGGCUCAUUCAACGAGGAACUGUUUCCUGCGCGUUCUGAGCUGCAAAAACAUAUAAAGUUUAUGUUCUCGAAUGUAUCUUUUAAGUCGCCAACACAUUUAGUAGUCCUUGGCUUGAGCCCAGUAGAUUCAGCUGGAUUGAAGUACAGCGCUCAUUGCCAACUUAUGACUGCCGUAUCAACUCCUUCGUUUGUUCUCUACAUGGCAGGUAGACAAACAUGGUCUACUUUAUAUCACAAUAUGUUCGUGUAACCCACUUCCAUUUUCUUCUUGUGUUCUAGUAGCUGGUCAAUCUGGGGCGCAAAAGCAUCCUUCGAGAAAUUUUUCGUGCUUUUUUUUUCCGAUAGAACUUAUAAGCAUUGUGUAGUGUGAAUAAUAUACAGCGUGUUGUGUCUUGAGGCAACGUACAUAUCAGUUUACGUAAGUACUGUUAAUGCUUCGAAGCUGCAUACAUACGAAGCCACAUUUAGUGGCUGAUACAUCGAAGUCUAUUGAUGCCUACCGUUGGAGAGGCAUAGGAAAAUCGUGGUGAGCGACGAUUCAUGUUUUUGCUAUGUUAUUUGCAGCGCUUAUUCUGCAGCGACAACACCGUUGAAUUCGCAGGAGGCGGGAAUAUAGUGUCGGCUGCAUUCUCCCAUUUGUCCAGGUGUUGUCAGAAAGUGAAAUUUCUGUUCUUCCUGGCACAAGUUUUGUUUGGACAAAGUUAAUUUGAAUGAGCGAAAAUUCAGCAUAUGCACGUAACCGAUCGCUCUGACAGUCUGCCACUGCAACAGCUAUUAAAAAGCAUGAGAAAACUGGAAAUGGGUGACGCAUCGCGUGAAAGAUACCGGUGAGAGCGAGAGCACUGCGUCACGCCAUUCGUCGCCACAGGUGCUUGCGUGCAGCGCUAGAGCAAAGCAUUGCCACGGUUGCAUUGCUCGUACGAAGCUGUUCGCACAGCACAGGGCAGCUAUUAAACAAGGCUCUUCUGACGCCGUAUAAGUGUCCUGCCAUUAUUUACGUGUUCUAAUUAUCUUUACCACUUAAUUUUUUAUAUAUACAUAUAUAGUGUCCUAGUAGGGAAGAAAAGUUUUGCGAGUGCUUUGAGGGCCCUUGAAGUCAUAUCGAAGUGUGAAAAACGUGCGUGGCUUUUGGCGGAGAGAGAUUUCAUCGAAUACGAAAGCACUGCCGUGUGUGUAAAUUUUGACGUUUCCGGUUAGAUGAAGGAAGAGUGCGUGCCGUUCAUGUGUCCAUCUGACUUUCACCUGCCACUUGUGUUAAAAUAUUUCUAGCACCACUUCAAUUACGUCGAAAGCUGCCUUUCCCUCCUGUGGAUUAAAAACGGAAAGCCAACAUUAUAUUUUAAAGGAAAAAAUGCAAUUUUUUUCUGCACUCCUAAAAACAGCUGCACCCUUUUGAGCAUCUUUUUGUCCCGCAAUAGUAAUCUGUGUGUGCCUUUCCUAGCCUUCAGGUCACGAACGGCACACACGCUAUCAGCUUUACAGCAUUCUUAAUAGGAAAGAGACGAGUGCUGAGUUUUCAAGAAUCAAAACGCGAUCACUUCAGAUGAAGAUUAUUGCGGAACAAAACGCCUUUUUGUAGGAUGCAACUGUUUUUGGAGUGUACUACUUGAUUAUAUGAACUUGAAAUGCGUUGACCAUUUACGCUGAAAUUUUGUCAUUGCGUAUUACUUCGUUAUCGAUUAAGCUCAUUAAUUAAUUAAAAUCCUUCUAAAUAAAUUAAAGCUUGAGAGUUUGCACUGUCGUGAGCACAUUUUUCAUGUCAACAGCUUCAAGCCACACUGCACUGCUGUUCUGGUGAUUUACUUUUUUUCGUUAUGUUUAGAACCAUCCGCAAUGUAGCCAAGAAAACUAGUCACGUGUGUAAAGAAAAGCGUAGUGUCAGUUGAAUGAUCUCCUUGGUAAGCGUGAGGAUGCAUGUGUCAUCUACAAACACCACCUAACAGUAAGACUACAGUGCACAGCUGUCAGAUUUUAUACUUUUCAUGCCGAUUUGUUUUUUUACCACCGAAGCAAAGGGAAUGACAGACAAACCUAUCCAGUGAUCCCUCGUAAGGAAGUUGCAUUAUUCAUCACUCACUGGCUGCGGAAGUUCGGAGGCAGCUUGCUUUCUUGUAUGCGUGCGUCUAAAACUGUGUAAUCAAGUCUACUUUGUGAGCUUUUGGUAUGGUCAUUACUUUUUUUUAAACCAUAGUUUUGGUUAUGUUUUCCUUUUCUUUAAGUAGAGGUAUUUCAUCUCGUAGCCACAAUACAGCCAUCACGCAAUGGUGUUUUAUCAUUCAUCAAAAAGUGCUGCGAAUUAAGUAGCCACGUUAAACUGCAUGAGGAACGAUAUGUUGUCAGCCCAUGAAAUCUUUCACUUCUGUCUGUUCCUUCAUACACAGGAUGUGCGUUCUUAAGUACUGCAGUGCAAAGUACUGCCAUAAAUUGUAACGUAUCAUUCUGCUUCUGUCUACGAGUACACAGUUUACAGGUGCUUCAUCUAUUCUGCUAGGUUGGAUACUUUUGUUUGCUUGUUAAACUCACUUCCAUGUCUCAUUUUUCAUCGGGCGUAUUGUGCUGUAUCUCUUAUGUUGCUCUUGCACAUCGUAUAGUGAGUUUAGUCUGUGCCAUCCACUUGCUGGUGCUAUUGUCAAGCUACCGCUUUAUUUUCAUCCCUAUCCCAUUCAUUUGAUUUGGAAAGCCCUAGUGUUAACCUGCCUCGCCGAGAUGACUUAAUUAGCUGAAACCAUAGCAGUAAUUGGCAGUUUUGUUGCAAUAAUGUAGUAUUGUCAGUUACUGGUGUAUGCCCGGUAUUUGCAGAGUUGUAGAAUUCCGUAAUAACGAGUUUGGCAAGGUCCAACGAAGACUGCUGUUUCGAGUCGGCUUUACCCUGUGAUUGCAUUGGCCUCUGGUAUCGCGCUGUACACUUUCUUUGACACGACGCGCGAGUUCACGAAAGCCGUUUUAAAGAUUUUGUGCACUGCCAGGGUUUGCCAACACGCCGUGGUUUGUAUACUUAUUUAUUCCGCAGUACUCUUUGAAUGUGUGCGUACCGAGUGCUUACGUUUACCGAAGACUGUCCAUUGUGAGGGUGGGGCGCGUGUAUUAAUGUGUACCCUCUCUCCUCCAACUAUCAGCACAUGUGGAAUGAAAGGUUGGCUGUAAAUAGCAGAGAGCUUUCCACUGUUUCUUUCAUUGCUGCUGUAGCAUAUGUAGCAUAUCCGGUAGAGAAGUCACUACUAUCGUGUUUUUUCUUCACAUUUUUUUUUAAUGUAUGCAGUACUGUGUUUAUUGAAUGAAUAAAAGUUUUUUUCUCUGCGUA